CGAGGGCGUUCGUGUCCCCGGUCCUGUGAGAGAGCGUGAGUGUAGCGACAACCCCCCCUUCCCCUACCAUCGCACUCCGGCCGCCCGCAGCCUUCAACCACCACGGACGCCUCUCACCCACGUGCCAACAUGACUGCUGUGGAGCUUGAGCAGGAGGAGGAGAUCAACGUCGACGGCGACAGUCGCCCAGGGUCUCCGGAACCUCCACUCUGCCCUACCGCCCUGCGUCCUUCGUCAGGACACCUCGGCGACCCCAACCGCAAGCCGCCUGUCAACGCCUCCCGCCUUUCCUUCAGCAUCUCAGCGCUCCUCGGCGACAAAGAUCGCACUAGUGACGAGGACGAGCGUCGCGGCGAAAGCGAGGACGAAGACGACCACGACGAUGACCACGACGACGAAGAGAGCUACGAGGAAGGAGGCGACGACUACCACUCCGCCUACAGCGCCCUGGGUGGCCUCCCUCCCCACUAUGGCCCUCUCGCAGGCGGCGCCCCCACGGUACUGCGUGUGCCCGCGCACAGACCGAUGGGAAUGGGAUACCCAGGUUUGGCAGGGCUGGGGGGCGCGCACCCCUGGAUACCCGGCCUCCCAGUGCCCCCGUUCGAGAGAGCCACGGCCUUGGCGCCGCACUACCCCACCCUCGACAGACUGGCAGGGCCCUUCCCUCUCACCCGCCGCGUCGGCCACCCCUACCAGAGCAGGACGCCCCCGAAGAGGAAGAAGCCACGCACCUCCUUCACCCGCGUUCAGGUGAACGAGCUCGAGAAACGGUUCAACAAGCAGAAGUACUUGGCGUCCAGCGAGCGAGCACAACUAGCCAAGCAGCUCAACAUGACAGACGCCCAAGUGAAGACGUGGUUCCAGAACAGGAGGACGAAGUGGAGACGGCAGGCGGCGGAGGAGCGAGAGGCAGAGCGACAGGCGACCAACCGGCUGAUGAUGUCUCUCCAGGCGGAGGCUCUGUCCAAGGGCCUGCUCACCGACCCGCCCACGACGCCCUUGUACAACUCGAACGCCUCCCUCUGCGCCCUCGAGAACAUCAAGCCGUGGGCGGAGAAGAGCAAGCCCACGCCCACCGGCCCCGAAGACUCGUACAGCAGCACGCCGGUCGUCUCGCCCACGUGCUCGUGAGGCGCCCCCCUGACGUCACUCGUGAGGCUGCCUGUCUUGCCCAUCGUUGCUUCCUCCAGUUCGUCUUAAGAAGGCCCUUUCGAGAUGAUGACGUCAGAGUGAUGCUGAAACGGAAACCAGCGGCGCCCCAAAAGCCUCGGCUGACA